CGUCGUCAGCUCCGUCAUCCGCGAAAGACAGGGCUGAAUCUUUGACGAAACGAGCCAACUAAACGGGGGGGAUAAAUCAGCGUAAUCGAGGAAAUAGAGGAGAAUCCGCGUUGAAACGGUCCUCGAUUCGAACCAUCGAAAAGAAUCCCUGUCGAGAGUCUCCGGUUAACCAAGGGACAUCGGUCUAGGUGUUCUGGCUGAUGUAGUGACAUAUCGGUGGUAGUGCAUGAGUGCGAGUGCGUAGGGUGGAGGUAAGCAGCGGAGCGAAGGCCAGUCGACGAGCUUCGAGGUUCGUAUUUUCCUCCGUAGCGGAAGCUGGAGGUCGCGAGUACACGCUUUAAGGGCAUCGAAUCGCGCGAGAUUCGAUAAGAAACCGCGAAACAACAUCGAAAAUUGACCGGUGCUACGCUGGAGUGGUACCGAAGAGACGUGUCGAAGCGUCUGGAGGGUGAACGAGCGCGCGAGGGUGCACUGGUAGGAGAGUAUACUGCAGCGUUUCAGGAACCGAGCGUGGUGAAUCGUCGAUCGAAAAGUCCAAGUGGAAGUCACGGAAUAGAGGGUGCCCGAGGAGUCGCAAUCGCAAUGGCGCCGAACGCGACUACUCCUACGAGGAGCUUAGUUUUCCUCGGAUUCGAUGGUGGUUGGGCGCCCGCCAAAUUCACGUGAGCCCACCCCAUGCUACUCGAAUCGCUGCCGUCCUCGUCACCUCGUGAUCGAACCGAUUCCAGAUCCGGACUCCUCCUCGCGGUCCUUGUUCCAUCGAGGCCAAUUCCCUCGCGAUCACGUCGCUUCCUUCUCGUCGCCUCCUCCCAUGCGGCGAACGCGGACCAUCGCGCGACCACCAUGAAAAGGAUCCGCAAGAGGCAGCCGCAGAAAAUCAAGGACCGGUCGUGUCAGUGACACAGUGCGUGCAUGUGCGACACCCGAGCGAAGGCCGAGUUUCCUAGUGGACUCCUACACCGUAUUCGUAUUCGUCCACGUCGAAGGGAACGAGGAUCUUCCUUCCCUUCGACGACUCGGUGAUCCGGUCGCCUCGCGAUCGCGCGAGUGAUCGUCAUGCCGCGAACGCACGGGAUUCGCGUCGCGAACGGAGAACGAGUCACUUUGGUGAAGUGAUCGCGUCGGACGGAACCGAACGAGAAACCGAGGAACCGGACGGACCGGAUACGAGACCCGUGGAAAUAGCUGAAAGAAACGACCGAGCAAGAACCUCGGGCUGGGUGGGGGUGGCUGGAGGGCGAAAGGCGGAAGGCGAAAGACGGAAGGAAGCCAAGGAAGCGUGUUUUUAUAGGAUAAUCUAGCAACCUGGCGGACCAGGAAGAAAGUGGCUCGGCGACGAUGCAGGGCAAGGAGAGCCCCGUCGGGUCCAACACCCAGGAGACGACCCAUCAGUAUGUCGGCCCUUAUCGGCUCGAGAAAACCUUGGGAAAGGGGCAAACCGGAUUAGUGAAACUUGGGGUCCACUGCGUGUUGGGCAAGAAGGUGGCGAUAAAAAUCAUCAACAGGGAAAAGCUGUCGGAAUCCGUGCUGAUGAAGGUAGAGAGAGAGAUCGCGAUUAUGAAAUUAAUCGAUCAUCCUCACGUGCUUGGCCUUUCGGACGUAUACGAGAACAAGAAAUAUUUAUAUCUUGUUCUGGAACACGUAUCGGGCGGGGAACUGUUCGACUAUUUAGUGAAAAAGAGUAGACUAACGCCAAAGGAAGCGAGAAGAUUUUUUCGACAAAUAAUUUCCGCGUUAGAUUUUUGCCAUAGUCAUAGUAUAUGUCAUAGAGAUUUGAAGCCUGAAAACUUGCUGCUAGACGAGAAGAACAACAUUAAGAUCGCGGAUUUCGGAAUGGCGUCGUUGCAACCCGCGGGUUCCAUGUUGGAGACCAGCUGCGGAUCUCCUCAUUACGCCUGCCCCGAAGUUAUUCGAGGUGAGAAAUACGACGGCAGGAAGGCGGACGUAUGGUCGUGCGGGGUGAUACUUUACGCGCUUCUGGUAGGCGCGUUGCCCUUCGACGACGACAAUUUGAGAAAGCUGCUGGAGAAAGUGAAGCGCGGUGUGUUCUACAUUCCGCACUUUGUGCCGCCCGAGUGUCAGAAUCUGCUCAAGGGAAUGAUCGAGGUCGAUCCGGAUAAGAGAUUAACGCUGGCGGAGAUAAACAGGCACGUGUGGGUGACAGCGGCGGGCAAGGGCGAGUUAGAGUUAGAACUGUCGAUGAUGGACGUUGUGCAGACCCACGUUAUUCCGUCCGUGGACGCAAUCGAUCCGGACGUGUUGCAGGCGAUCGCUAGCCUAGGCUGCUUCAAAGAGCGGGACAAACUUAUCCAAGAACUGCUCAGCCCAAACCACAACACGGAGAAGGUGAUUUACUUUCUGUUGCUCGAGAGGAAACGAAGAAGACCGGCGUGCGAGGACGAGCUGGAGGUAAUGAGAGGAGGCGUCAGGGGAUCUACGGGACAAUUGGAAGCGGAUCCUCCUAGGAAACGAGUCGACACGUGCCGAGUCAACGGCAGCACGGCCCUCAAUCUCGGCGAAAUUAGCCACGGCUCACCUUUGACUCCUAGAAGACAGUCGAGCGCGAGACACCACGCUCGUCGAUCGCCGAGCACAGGAUGCCACACGCACGCGUCCCAUUCGCACGCGUCAACGCCGGGCAGUUCGCCGUUGCACGGCUCGAACGCCGUGGCAGGACUCCUGAGUCCUCACAGGACUCCUCCGAGCUCGCAUCUGAUCGUAAGUCAGACGGGAAGCCCUCACAGACUGUCGGCUAUCACGACCACUGCGGGCAACGGAAACACGACCAGUCCGGCUGUUGCAGCUCCGGUUCCGACAUUGCCCAACGUGGGAAUAGAAAUAAACGAUGUCCAACAGGUAGUCGCGGUCGGUGUUACACCGCCAGGAUCACCGCACACGGGAGCUGGUUCCGGCGCCCAUCACUGGAGAUCGAGGCUAACCACCAUCAAGAAUUCGUUCCUGGGUAGCCCUCGAUUUCAUCGCCGCAAACUGCUCACAAGUACCGAGGAGGUACACCUCACGCCGGAUUCAUCUCCGGAACUUACGAAGAAAUCGUGGUUCGGCAGCCUGAUGACUACGGAGAAAGACGAAACGUUCACCGUUCUCGUUAAGGGGAAGGUAUUGGCCAGCGUCAAAGCCGACUUGAUUCACGCUUUCUUAUCGAUAGCGGAGUUGUCUCACAGCGUCAUCUCGCCGAUGUCCUUCAAAGUGGAAUACAAACGAGGAAGCACGGGACCCGCGAUGUUCCAAAGACAAGUGCGUUUUCAAGUGGAAAUCAGCGCCAUUUCGAAACAACCGAGCGAACCGUUAUUCGCCAUUACCUUUACCCUGCUAAGCGGUAAUAUUCGAAGAUUUAGGAGGGUUUGCGAGCACAUUCAGUCGCAGGUCUGCUCGCGAAACGUAGGAUUGAGCUUAGGAGGACAGAGCAGACCGGCACCGCCGAGUCCACGAGCCUCGAGAAAGUUUGCUACGGAAAUGAGCGAAAGUUCCAGUUGCGGCAGCGACACCAGCGAACGACUGUUCGUCAGCCCGCAUCCAGCUACCAGACAGGUAGUCUGUUUCAACAAGAUCGACUCCGACAUGGAGUCCGACACGUCCGUAUUCGACGUGAAGUCGCCGACACGCGAGAACGGCCGUCGAAGUUCCACGUCGACGAACAAUAAUAACCCGUUACCAGGUGACGUGACGCCAACACCGGGAAGCCCGACGAAGGCGGUGCGCAGCAACUCGGAGAGCCAAAACACUCCGGAGAAGAAAUGCGUGACCACGAUGAGCGGCAACAACAUAGCGUGAUACUACCAGAACUUUCGUUUCGAGUUUCGAUCCAGCCUGAAGAACCUGUGGGACAGCGCCCAGAGAUUCUGGUGAAUCUAGAAUUUGACGCGGCGAACGCGAUCCAGUGACGAUCGACGCCGAAGAAACGUGGAGAAUCCUGAAACGAUGCUUCGGCCGAGAGCGAGCAAACUUUCGCGGCGAAUCGAUCGAUCGACAUAGUCGUUUCGCCGUCGAAACCGAAACCGAACGCGAAGCAAGUUGUACGAUCGGCGGAGUGAAAGGUUAAGUUUGAAACGGAGAAGACGAACGACGAGGUGGAACGAGCUUGGGUCGAGGUUCGUCUCUAGCGAUGCAAGAGUGAGAAAAUCGGCGGGAAACGUUCGCGAAGAUAGCUUUCGGGAACCGUGGAGAGAUCUCGGUUCCGAUUUCCGGCCGCAUCUCGUGUGCACAAAAUAUUCGACUAGAAACCGACGACGACCAAGAUAAACGUGUGCCGGAACGUGGAUCGUUCGCCUUUCGCGUCUCGUUUUCCAGUGAUAAUCGCGUUCGAUUCGCGAAAUCGAACUUGACGCGAAUGUGAAGUGCAAUAGUGACGUUGAUAUCAGUGUACACCGGAUCGUGUCGUUGUAAGAGUGUUUUACUUGGUACGUAUUAUCCUGUUGUGUACCACCAAUUAACGAUUUCGUUCUCGUAGUAUGUAAACGACGAAAGGACAGUUGAGGCCGGAGAAGUUAAAUGGAGAUCAACGUUUGCGUAUUUUUCUAUUCGCGUCUUAAACACAUCCCACGAACAGGUAAUGAACGUUCGUUGGUGGAUAAGAUCGAUUAUACCAGGCGUUGAAAAUUUUGAAACCGAGUGUAAUUGUUCUUAUCGACCAAACGCGACGAUUUUCACGAAAUUCUCUCGGUUUUCGUUGAAUGAGCGCGCGAAAUUUUACGUUGAAACUCGCCGACGCCAGUUUUCUAAUCAAUUAACCUCUCCGGAAAUUAAAGCUUUAGAAUUGUUCCCGCUUUUCGUCGAGGGGGGUUCUGUUUGUUAUAGGUAUGGAUUAAUUGCAUCGUUACGCGAUUCUUUAGACGACUUUGUUGCAUAUGCGUUAAGUUUCAAAACUAUCGAUUCCAUCGCGAACGAUUCUGUUUCAUUGGCUCGAACUGUCUUCUCGAUUUUCUCGUCGCUUCAGAAAUCGAAAAUGCGUCGUAAAACGUCGAUUAUCCGAACGUCGAUCGAUGGAAAACUCGAUUACCGAAAGAAAAUGAAAAUAAAUAAUAAAUGGGACGAAUCGAAUACGCCGAAUUAGAGAAAUUUCACCCGUGUACCUCUUUCGAAAGUAUUCCCGAGAAACGCUUAUCGCAAAAAGUUUCUGUUACGUUGCAUAAUAAACGUACAUAUAUGUAUAAUACAGUAUACGAUCUCUCCUAUUCUCCCCUCAUACGUUUCCGACGCACGUUCUCCUAUAUUACGCAAAAACAAAAUCCUUUCUCCGUUUACGUCGGAAAAUCGAUGUUUUAUUACGUACAGCGAAGAGCCGGAUAUGCCUUAUAUACGCGAGAACACGCCAUACUCGAUUCCGAUCCGCCUUAAUCGAGCAGUUGGCCGCCAAGUAACGCGAGCAACGUUCCACUAAAUCGUACGAAACAUGAAUUUUUGAUAAACGCAGCUUCCCGACCGUGGAGUGAGAAUGGAAACUCGAGCAAAGUAUCGUCUGCGAUUAACGUUUACAGCGACGCUAUUUUUACACCCUCCUUGCAAUAAAAAUAGAACUUUCUAGCGUAUUUAGUGCUAAAAGAAUGCGCGCAGUUCUCGAUACUCGGCCACCAAUAUUUUCCAUUCUCAUCCUGCGUGAUUAGGUUUACGUGACAGAGAAUUUCAAUUUUAUUUCGAAGCGGUCCUCGUUGAAAUCGAAACGUCGAACCUUCGGGGAACGAACGAAUUUUCGAGUCGCGAAUCAUCAAAUUUACCACCUUGUUCUCGGUGACUCUCGUACCGAAACGCGUUACGACGAAGCCGUAGCCAGUUCUUGUUUACAGCUACUACAUCCGUAAAUGAGAUAACGUUAUCGUAACUUUCGUAAAACGCGUAACGGUGAGAAAGAACAAAAAAGACACUACUAACGAGAACAAACGGGUUGAAAAUAAAAGAAAUUCACUCCCGACGCAGCGAUCGCGUCGAGAGAUUUAUUUUUUGCACGCACGAGGAAAACAUUUCAAAAGACUAAUAUA